AUGGCCCUCACCGAGUCGCAGCCGCUGCUGCAGCAUGCACCGCAACACCACCACCAUGCGUCACCCACCAGCCGACGCAGCGGAUCGCCGCCCUUCACCACCACCACCGUCCGGGCCGCCGGCGUCGCCCGCAUGGACGCCGUGACGGCCCAGCUCACAUCCACGCAGCGCUUCUGGCUCUUUUUCGGCAUCUUCGUCGUCGGCUACGCCUACGGCCUCGAGAGCCAGGUCCGCUCGACUUACACCCCCUACGCCACGUCCUCGUUCAACCUGCACUCGUACCUCGCCACCAUCAACGUCCUGCGCAGCGUCGUCGCCGUCGCCGCCCAGCCCACCGCUGCCAAGAUUGCCGACGUCUUUGGCCGCUUCGAGGUCGUCGUCGCCUCGACCCUCUUCUACGUUGUCGGCAUGGCCGUCGAGUCCACCGCCACUUCGGUCUACGUCUUUUGCGCCGGCGGCAUCCUCUACCAGAUCGGCUACACCUGCAUCGUCCUGCUCCUCGAGGUCCUCGUCGCCGACUUCUCCUCGAUGCGCGCCCGCGUCUUCUUCAGCUACAUCCCCGCCCUGCCCUUUGUCGUCAACACCUGGCUCAGCGGAACCGUCACCUCGGCCGUCCUCCGCGUCGCCACCUGGCGCUGGGGCAUCGGCAUGUGGUGCAUCAUAUACCCCAUCGCCUCGCUGCCGCUGCUCGUCACGUUAUACGUGGUGGAUCGCAGCGUCGCCGCGCCCAAGCACGCCCUCGAAUCACCCAAGCGCGGCGUCUCCAAGCUGCGGAAUGCCAAGCGCUGGCUCAAGGAUGUGUCGACGCAGCUCGACGUCUUUGGCCUUGUCGUUCUCGUCGCCUCCUUCAGUCUGGUGCUGGCGCCGUUGACUGUGGCCGGCGGCAGCACAUCGCACUGGCAGAACCCCCACAUCAUCAUUCCCCUGGUUGUGGGAUGUAUUUGCGCGCCGCUGUUCAUCUACUGGGAAAAGUACCAUGCAAAGACCCCCAUGGUGCCCUUUCAUCUUCUCAGCGACCGUGGCGUCUGGGCGGCGCUGGCAGUCCGCAGCCUCCUCAACUUUGCUUGGUAUGUCCAGGGAAACUACCUCUAUACCAUACUCAUUGUCGCCUUUGACUUUUCCAUCGAGACCGCGACGCGAAUUAUAUCCUUCUUCUCCUUCUUUGGCGUUGUUAGCGGCGUCCUCGUCGGUCUUGUAGUCUACAGAGUGCGACGUCUUAAGCACAUCAUUGUCGGCGGAACACUGCUUUUUAUGAUGGCGUUUGUUAUGCUCAUCAGCCAGCCAGGGGGCGCAUCGAACCGAUCUAAAACGGGCAUCAUCGGCGCUCAGAUCCUCCUCGGUCUCGCCGGUGGUCUAUUCGCAUACCCUACGCAAGCCUCCAUCCAGGCUUCCGCCAGCCGCGACCACGUUGCCAUUCUGACUGGACUCUAUCUGUCCUUUUACAACGUCGGAAGCGCGCUGGGCACCUGUCUAUCGGGAGCCAUCUGGACACAGACACUGUACCCGGCCCUAGAGUCGAACCUGGCUUUCCAGUCCAACCGGACCCUCGCCCAGGCCAUGUACAACAACCCUUUCAAGACGGUUGCCGACUACCCCGUCGGGUCUGAAAUCAGGAGUGCCAUCAUCAGCAGCUACAGCCAUGUCCAGGGGCUCCUCUGCAUUGCUGGCCUCUGUGUUUGCGUGCCCAUGAUUGGCUUUGCCUUGGCACUGCGCAAUCCCCGCCUCUCGGACAAGCAAGUCCAGGAAGAGGCAGAACGAGAUCCUCACGACGUAUAG